UACGAUGGUGACGGGUAGUUGAUGGCCUUCACGUUCCAUUCUGGCAAGCGAGAAAUCUCCUACCACCAGUCACCACGAGUAACUCCUUGAAUUAAACGUAAUCAUGUACGGUGUAAAGUGUUAACACGACGACCAAAGCGGUAGAGUCCAGAUGUUUCUUUUUCUUUCUUCGUCGGUCUUCCUUGCUCCAUAGACUUCGCGACUCCAGUAAGCGAACGUCAGAAGAUUCAGAACUACCGCCAUCUGUUUGGCGGGUGUCUCCGUUCUUUCCUACCAAGGAAUUAUCCACUAAGCUGAGGACUUUAUUACUUUUAUUUCGAUCCUUGCCUUUGUCUUUCAUCACUGCAAAUCAUUUAAAAGCUGAGGAAAAGGGUGUGGUUGCUUGAAAUACUGGUAGAUGUGUUAGGAAAGACUCUGGCAUGGAAGACCAAUGUCAUUAUUCUUUGUAUCGGGAUGCUGUGCACAGGAUUGAUGGUUGAUUUAGUGUUGCAGUUUUAGUCCUAGGUUGAACCUUUUUCGGCAUGCGGGGUCGUCAAACUUCAUGGGAAGCUUACUCGAUGUACAAGCGGAUGCCGUCGAGAGACUAUACGAAUUCAGCAGACAGAGUAGAAAAUCCAGCUCAUUUGCAGAAUGGUAUGGAGCCAGAAGCUACAAACCCUUCCUGGAGGCUCUCUUUGCCACAUGUACUUGUGGCAACCAUCUCUUCAUUCUUAUUUGGCUACCAUCUUGGUGUAGUUAAUGAACCACUUGAAAGCAUUGCUGUGGAUCUUAAUUUUGGUGGUAAUACCCUGGCUGAAGGCCUAGUUGUGAGUACAUGUUUGGGUGGUGCCUUUGUUGGAUCUCUACUCAGUGGUUGGGUUGCUGAUGGUGUUGGGCGCCGCAGGGCCUUCCAGAUUAGUGCUUUGCCAAUGAUAGUUGGGGCUUCUCUGAGUGCAUCAACAAAAAAUAUUGAAGGAAUGCUUCUUGGAAGGUUGUUAGUUGGAACAGGGAUGGGUCUUGGUCCAGCUGUUGCGGCUCUCUAUGUGACAGAGGUUUCACCUUCUUUUGUGAGGGGUACUUAUGGCAGCUUUAUUCAGAUUGCUACAUGCCUUGGGCUUAUGGGGUCUUUGUUCAUUGGAAUACCUGCAAAAAGAAUUGUGGGCUGGUGGCGAGUUUGUUUCUGGGUAUCUUCCAUUCCUACUGUGGUACUUGCUCUCUGUAUGGAAUUCUGUGCAGAAAGUCCUCAUUGGCUUUACAGGCAAGGACGAUAUGUUGAAGCUGAAGUUGAGUUUGAGAAGCUCUUAGGUGGGUCACAUGUCAAAUCUGCAAUGGUUGAACUAGCAAAGUCAGACAGAGGGGAUGAAACAGAAACUGUGAAGUUCUCAGAGCUGUUUUAUGGUCGCCAUUUCAGAGUUGUUUUUAUUGGGUCAACACUUUUUGCUUUACAACAGCUAUCAGGAAUUAAUGCUGUAUUCUAUUUCUCAUCAACCGUCUUUAAAAGUGCGGGUGUACCUUCAGACCUGGCAAACAUAUGUGUGGGACUUGCAAAUUUGUCUGGGUCAAUCAUUGCAAUGAUUUUGAUGGAUAAGCUAGGGAGGAAAGUUCUUCUCAUGGGGAGCUUUUUGGGAAUGGCAGUAGCAUUGGGUCUUCAGGUCGUUGCUGCAAGUUUUCAUACAUCAGGCUCUGAAGCUUUGUAUCUUUCUGUUGGUGGAAUGUUAUUGUUUGUCUUAAUAUUUGCACUGGGAGCUGGUCCAGUCCCAAGUCUCCUUCUACCAGAAAUUUUCCCAAGCCGCAUUAGAGCAAAAGCUAUGGCCAUAUGUAUGUCUGUACAUUGGGUGGUAAACUUUUUUGUGGGAUUACUGUUCUUGCAUUUUCUGGAACAUCUUGGGCCACAGGUUUUAUAUACUGUCUUCGCAACCUUCUGCUUGAUGGCAGUGGUUUUUGUAAAGAGAAAUGUGAUAGAAACCAAAGGAAAAUCACUCCAAGAAAUCGAGAUCACACUUCUACCGCAGGAGUAGAGCAUCAGAUGCCAUCAUCUUGUUGGUGUCAACAUGGAGCUAUACUUGGAGACUUCUGGCAGAAAACUUGGCUAUUGAAUACUCACCCAACUAGGCUGGUGUAAAUUCAGAGAGAUUCCGUGUGGAUCAAUUCUGAGCAUCAUGAUUUUAGUCCUCUUGUUCAUAUUGCAGCCAUCCCUCAUUUUGAUGAGCACAUUGAUUCCACAGAAUUAUAUAUGGGAAUAUGCAUACGGUGGACCUGGAGAUCAGGUCCUCUUGUAAUUGUUGUAAGUUUGAAUAAUAUUCAUGACAUACCUACGGACUCAUACAUAUAUGUUUAUGUUUUCGCGGAGGGAUGGCAGUACUCCAGGGGCCUUAGCAAUGAGAGCUGUGUUGAUGAGGACCUGUUCUGGUACGUCAAAAAAAAGUAAAUGUCAAGCAGGGGAAAUGUCUGUCCUUUACGCACAGUUCAGAUCCUUCUUAAUCCCUGGAAUAAUGUCUUAGGGUC